GGAAGCGCCAACCCGGAAGUUUGGGUGCUCUCGGUAGCCGCACGUGCUCCAGUCCGCCUCGCCGGGAAGAGGGGCGGAGUUCCAAGGACUCUCCUGGCCGGCCAUGAGCUCCCGGGCAGCUGUGGUGAUUGGCGAGAUGCAGGCAGGGGAUGGUCCGGACAGCGAGCCUUGCUCGUCUGACGACGGCGGCAGCGACGGCGCCUGGGAGGAAGACGACGAGUCGAAGGCGCCCGCGCUGGCCUCGUGCCUCUUCUGCGACAGAUUUUUCAGUUCAGCUGAAGAUGCUUUUUGCCAUUGUACAUCAGAUCAUGGGUUCAAUAUUGGAAAUCUGGCUCAUAAACACAGACUCGAUUUCUAUGGUUACAUCAAGCUAGUGAACUUUAUUAGGCUGGAAAAACCAACUGUAGAGUAUUUUAGUUCUAUCAGUACCCCAUUUCCUUGGGAGGAAGAGAAAUAUCUGAAGCCUGUCCUGGAAGAUGACCUCUUACUCCAGUUUGAUAUAGAAGAUCUCCUUGACUCCACUGACAUCUUUUGUUCUAAUGGACUAACUGAGACUUCGUCUCCCAUUGAGCGUUUGAAACAUGCAGAGCACAAAGCAGAGCUGGCAGAAGCAGCAUUGGCCAGAGCCCAAGAAGAUCUUCAAAAAAUGAGACAGUUUGCCCAGGAUUUCGUGAUGAACACAGAAGUCAGAAGUGGCGCCAUUGCGGACCUAAAAGAGGAUGAGGAAGAUGUUUACUUCAGCUCAUAUGGCCACUACGGGAUCCAUGAAGAGAUGAUAAAGGUCAGCAAACCAGUAGAAGCAUGUCUUUCUCGCCAUAAAGAUGGAAGCCAUGGGGGUUUGUUCAUAAAUGGAUUUUUUAAAAAUAGGUUUUUCCUCAAAACAGUAGAUUUGUCUGUUUUUGCUUGUGGUAAAUUUCCUCGUAUAUUUCAAAUUAAAGUCAAAUCUAAUAUAAAAGGGAGCUUGUACCAUUGUUUGUUGUCAAUAAAUUAUUUGCAACGUCUCUUUGCAGUGUAUCCUGACAUCUGCACCAUCAGCCUGGUGGCUGUCAGUGACCUCAAGAAGCAUGCAGACAGAUUAGCUUUCUGGGAUGAUGUGUAUGGCUUCAACAUGUCCUGCAUGAAGAAGGCUGUCAUUCCAGAAGCUGUUGUGGAAGUGUUAGAUUCAGGCACGCUUAUAUCUGAAGCUUGUGUCAUCAAGCGGAUAGAUUGCCAUGUUGCAUCGGUUUCAGAACUGAAUUUUUCAUCAGACUUCACUCUGAGAGUAACAAAGACUUCAGUGUGUACGGCAGUUGCUGGAUAUUUUGAUAUAUGUUUUGAGAAGAAUUGCAGUAAAGCAGUAUUGUUCUCAACUAGUCCCUGCUGUACCAAAACACACUGGAAGCAAACAGCAUUUUUUUUGGAGAACCCAAUUUCUGUGGAAGAAGGUGAAGAACUGAAAGGAAAGAUAACAGUCCACAAAAACAGAAAAGAUCCACGUUCCCUCAUCAUAACACUUUCACUAAAAAAUGUGAAGCAGACAUACAGUCUUCAGUGAGGACUACUCCACAGCUAGCUUUGAAAUGUAUAAAAUGAAUAAAAACAAUGGUUGUUUGGAUCAACAACUUCAAAAUACGUUUUUCUGGAAAUGAUAGUGCUAGAAAGUAUGUUCCCAUAGACUGUUGGUUCUUCUCUGCAGGCUAUUUCAUACAAUCUGAAGCAGUUAGUAGAAGAAACCAUGAGGGAAUUAAGUUUAUUGCAAGACUUCUAUCGUGGACGUGAGCAGUGCAACUUUAAAAAAUACUUUUGACCUGUUAAUGAAAUCAUACUAAGUUGUACUCAGAGUAGAGUCAAUGAAAUAAAUGAAUUGAAGAUAUGCAUGACUAAGUCAGUUGAUUUCAAUGGGUCUGAACAUGGCAUUGUUGGAUACCGUUCUUUGAUAGUUAAGUAUUUAGAAACAUAGCCAAGGUUCUUGACAAGGAGUCUGCUGGGAUUUACUUAUUGCAAUUUUCCCCCCAGUUUUGCCCUCCUUCAGAUGGGCAAAACAUUAUUUUUCCUCAAGUAUUUUUAUAUUACAACUGAAAAAAUAAAGUUUUAUUAUGUGUAUUAUAAAUUUAUUAUGUGUCUUGACUAUGAGAUUUUUGUAUUGAGCCACCUGUUGAGACUUUGAGGUGUCAGUCUUGUCAAUUCUUUGUUUUGCUAACUUGUCACACUUGGUAUUAUAUGCCCUUCUACAUACAGGAUAAAAUCCCAUCACCCAUUAAGAUUGUCAUACUUUAAAUCUGUAAACUGUAACAAGACAUGCACAAUACAUCAUGACAUACUAUUGCCUAUCUGAUGACAAUCCAACAGAUUCAGAAUACCGCAAUUGUCAUUCGUAAUCAGUACUGCUGCUUACGGUACAUUGAUUUGAGUUAAAGACCAAUCUGGUUUUAACAUACACCUGGAUUCUUUGGCUACCUGAAAUAAAGAAUAGCACAAAUGGG